CCCCUGAAAAACGGAUGAGGGAACUCCGCUCAGGCACAGAGUUUCUAAACCUCUGUUAGGGAAAAGUAAACUGAAACAUGUUGAUAGUUUGUGGAGGAAGGUUUCAGCCAGAUGUACAAAGAGAAGUGCUGAGAAAGAAACCCCACAUUCCAGGAAUGAAUGUCUUGACAUCAGCAUCUCUGCCAUUUAGACUAUUUAUUUCUGCCAGAAGUCUGUAAGACCAGUCGGAAGAGUGGGACAGUGAGAGAGAGAGACAGUUAUUUGAAUAAAUUGUCGUCAUCAUAAGUAUUUCCCCCUACUCACCUCUCCUACUACAGCUUAACCCAGGGUUGUCCCCUCUGGCCUCGCCCCCUGGCUCUGAGGAGGCGUCCUGCCACGUCUCCAUGUCGUUGCCCUCAGCCUCCCAGUCCCAGUGGCGGCUGAAGUACGUGUCCCUGGGAGUGCUGGUGCUGCAGACCACCUCGUUGGUGCUCACUAUGAGGUACUCGCGCACACUGCUGGGCGAGGGGCCGCGCUACCUAGCCUCCUCCGCCGUGGUUUCGGCCGAGCUGCUCAAGAUCCUCACCUGCCUGCUGCUCGUCUUCUACGACCACAGCUUCAGUGUGCGGGCAUUGAAUCGUGUGCUGAAUGAAGAGAUUCUCAACAAGCCCAUGGAGACGUUGAAGCUGGCCAUCCCAUCAGGAAUCUACACACUCCAGAACAACCUGCUUUAUGUCGCCCUGUCCAACCUGGACGCUGCUACCUACCAGGUGACGUACCAGCUGAAAAUCCUGACCACAGCCCUGUUUUCGGUGUCCAUGCUGGGGAAGAGACUGGGGCUCUACCAGUGGCUAUCUCUGCUCAUCCUCAUGACUGGUAUCGCUCUCGUACAGUGGCCUACAGAGUCUCUGGGUGGGCCAUCUUCGACGCCUCUGUCUGCAGGCUCCCAGUUAGUAGGUGUGAUAGCCGUACUGAUAGCCUGCUUCUCCAGUGGCUUCGCUGGAGUCUACUUUGAGAAGAUCCUCAAAGAGACCAAACAGAGUGUAUGGGUCCGCAACAUCCAGUUAGGUUUGUUUGGCCUGGUGUUUGGUCUUAUUGGAGUGUUUGUGUACGACGGAGAGAGAGUGAGGGAGUCCGGAGUGUUCCAAGGCUACAACUCACUCACCUGGACCGUUGUGGCCCUGCAGGCUCUGGGCGGGUUGGUCAUAGCAGCAGUCAUUAAGUAUGCAGACAACAUCCUGAAGGGCUUUGCCACGUCACUCUCCAUCAUCCUGUCAACACUCAUAUCCUACUUCUGGUUGAAGGACUUCGACCCCACCAGUGUGUUCUUCCUGGGAGCAAUGCUGGUCAUUGCUGCCACCUUCCUCUAUGGUUACGAGGGCAAGAGGCCUGCCAUCAACCACAGCAAAGUAUAGAGGGAGACCCACCACCCACAGCCCUGGAACCCCAAUGAAGAGACACACGGGGCAAGAUGGAGAGAGGAAUAUGUCGCUGAGAAGUGGUGCUGAGCAAUUAACCAAAAUGUCGGUUAUUUUUCUGUUUUAAAACGACUAAUUGACCGACCUUAGUUCAAUUAUUUGAAUUUUAUUCCAUGAAUUUUAAUUUUUUUGCUCAAUACACACAUUGCGCUGCAGUUUCUAUAGAGAUAAAUAAGGUCAUGCCAGAACUGUGCGAUGUAGUAAGGAGUUGUAGUUUCCAACAAGCCAGUGUUCUUCAUAGUUUAGCGCAGAAAAAGUGAUAAUUAACUACAAAGACCAUCAUUCAUUGCGCGGCUACUUGUCUGGUCUGUUCCUUUUACGCCUGCAACGUAAGAGACAGAGGAAUGAGAGAUCAAGAGUGCAUACAUCCGAGAGCAGUUGCUUCGUGAGGUAUUGGUAUUUAGCGGUCAUAAAAGCAUGCCUCUUACUGUGAAGAACUACUAAAAUAGUGAUUUUGUCAAACAGCUUAAGCAGCAGCUCUAUA